UAAGUUCGCUUGUACUUGAGCUGGCUCAAGUCAUACGUGGAAAACUGACGCUGCAUCUUGUUUUCGACACUUCGCCACGCGCUGCAGCUACAGGCCGGAAAGCUUGCACGAUGUACAUGGGUUCCAUUGAGGAAACAGCCAAAAGCACUGUAGAACUCUCUCGGGUACAUAAAGAGGAAUUGAAGAUCAGUUUCCUAACGAAAUAAUACCUGCAACCGGCACUCAGCCAAGUGAACUAGUAACCUGCUCUAAUUCGUUCGACAUCUACAGCUCGAACUCGUUAAGGAAUCAUGGCCACCAUGAAGCUGGUACUUGUCCUUAUGAUGACAACGGUCGUUGCCGUCUGCGCCCGUGACCCCGAGCUCACAACCGACUUCGCCGUCCCAGUAGGAAUGAACGCCUCCAUGAUCACUGGAGAUUUCUUCAAGUUCACAGGCCUCAGAGACUUCUCCGCUGCUCCAAGCACCUUCGGCUCCAAGAAGGUUACGCAUGUCGAAUUCUCCGCUCUCACUGGACUCGGCGUCGGUGUGACCCUUCUCGAGUACAAGCCCAAGACUAUGAACCCUCCCCACACUCAUCCCCGUGGAUCAGAGCUCAUUUAUGUCUUGGCUGGACACUUGGACGUCGGCCUCAUCGACUCUGCCAACAAGCUGUACUCCGCCCAUCUCCAUGAGGGUGACUUGUUCGUGUUCCCUCAGGGUCUUGUCCACUUCCAGAUCAACAUGUCCAAGAAGAAGACUGUUCGCGCCAUCUCUGCUUUCGGUAGCUCCAACGCUGGCACCAUUUCCUUGCCCAGGAACAUUUUUGGUUCUGGAAUUGAGGACGAGGUUCUCCUCAAGGCUUUCAAGAUCACUUCCGCGGAGUUGAUGAAACUGAAAGCUCCAUUCAUGCCGACCAUGUAGAUUCACAGUUGCAAGAACUGAGGUCUCCAGGAUGAUAUAGUUCGUAGUGCAUGCUCUGUACCUUCUUACACUCAUUUCUGCCCAUUUGCUUGGUGAGAUUAACUUGAGAAAUUCUUUCAUGAAUAGUUGCAGAAAUUAACAGAAGAGGUGUGCUGCCCGUGAGCGAAUUUAUAAUGAAUUUAGACUUUGCGAAUUUUAUAGAUCAAUACAUGUUGGGAAACGCUUCCAGGUUGUAUACAUGUUCGAAUUACCUCUUUCAAAUAAA